GAUCUGAACAGAACGUUUUCCUGCGCCAGGAAGGAGCAGAGCCCUCCCAAACGUCACCUCACCGGCGAUGCCCGGCGUGCCGCCCUUCUCCUCCGCCGUCUCCAAGCUCCACUCGCGAUGCCACUCCCUCUCCACCAUACAGCAGCUGCACGCCCACCUCCUCCACCACGACCGCCCCAUCCCCUACAACCACUUCCUCUCCAAGCUCCUCUCCAUCUCCUCCUCCUCUUCCCCCUCCACCGCCGCCGCAGACUACGUCCACCUCCUGCUCACCGCGCACCCUACCCCCACGGCCUUCUCCUUCAACGUGGCCCUCCGCUUCUUCGCGGCCUCCCGCCCACGCACCACCCUCCAGCUCUCCCUCCGCAUGCUCCGCGCCGCGCUCCGCCCGGACGCCUACACGCUCCCGUUCCUCCUCCUCGCUGCCGCCCGGUGCCCCGCACCCGCCUUCGCCGCCUCGGCGCACGCGCUCCUGCAGAAGCUCGGACUACACAACCACGAUCACACCGUCCACUCCCUCGUCACCAUGUACUCCAACCUCGGCCGGCCCCGCGCCGCCCGCAGGGUGUUCGACGGAAUCCUCCGCCGGGACGUCGUGUCCUGGAACUCCAUGAUAAAGGCGUACCAGGCGGCCGGGAUGAAGGACGACGCGGCACGCAUGUUCCGCGCGAUGGUUGCGGAGGGCGCGGUGCCGCCCAACGCGGUGACCGUGGCAGUCGUGCUCGCCGCGUGCAGGGACGCCGGCGACCUGGCGCUCGGCAGGUGGCUGGAGGAGUGGGUGAAAUCUGUGGGGAUGGAGGUGGGGUCGCUCGUCGGUUCGGCUCUUGUCGGGAUGUAUGAGAAGUGCGGAGAGAUGGCGGAGGCGAGGAGAGUGUUCGAUGCCAUCGCUCACAAGGAUAAUGUCGCUUGGAAUGCCUUGAUUACUGGGUACGCACAGAACGGCAUGUCAAAGGAAGCCAUUUCCUUAUUUCACAGCAUGCGGCAAGCAGGGGCACGCCCAGAUAAGAUAACCUUGGUAGGGGUGCUCUCGGCCUGUGCUGCAGUUGGAGCUCUGGAGCUAGGCACUGAACUCGACCGCUAUGCCUUGCAAAGAGGCUUCUACAGCAAUGUCUAUGUUGGGACUGCUUUAGUGGAUAUGUACUCAAAGUGUGGAGAUCUUACCAGAGCCAUACAAGUGUUUGAGAAAUUGCCAUGCAAGAAUGAAGCUUCAUGGAAUGCCUUGAUUUGCGGUCUUGCCUUUAAUGGGCGAGGCCAGGAAGCCAUUCGGCAGUUUGAACUGAUGAGGAAGCAGGAAGGGCUCCGUCCGGACGAUAUCACUUUCAUAGGAGUACUUUCUGCCUGUGUGCAUGCAGGGUUGCUGAAAGAUGGUCGACGUUGGUUCGAUUCCUUGACAUCUGAGUUCCAAAUCAUUCCCAAGAUCGAGCACUACUCCUGCAUGGUUGAUUUAUUGGCACGUGCUGGACAUUUAGAAGAAGCAUGGGAUUUCAUUGAGAAGAUCCCUGGUAAGCCAGAUGCAGUGAUGUUGGGGGCUUUGCUUGCUGCUUGUCGGAAAUGCAAAAAUGUUGAGGUCAGUGUUAGGGUCAUCAACAAGAUCAUGCUGCUGGAGCCCUCAAACUCAUGGAACUAUGUGGUUUCAUCCAAGAUAUAUGCAAGCUCAGAUAGAUUGGAUGACUCUGCACGGAUGAGAGGGCUGAUGAGAGAGAGAGGUGUCAGCAAAAUUCCAGGUUGCAGCUGGAUUGAGGUUAGCGGCAGAGUUCUUGAAUUCUAUGCAGGGGAUGAACCACAGCAUGGUGUGGAGGAUAUGUAUCAACUCCUUGACACGCUUGUUGAUGAGAUGAGACUGGAGGGAUAUGUUCCAAAUCUUGAUCUGGUUUAACACCCAACCAGAUGCGGAUCAACUUGGUUAUUGCAGUCUUACUGAAAUUUGCUUUCUGGGUUGGUAUUCAUGUCAAGGAGGCUGUCAUGCGUGAAAGAAAGGAGGCGACUGUUGUUUUUUCUCAAAGGAGCAGAAACAUCAGCUGACAUGCUGAAUAUAAAUGUCAGACCUCCAAGACGGAACAUUGCUUUGCGUUCCUUCUCUAUGACUGGAUACCAGGAUUGAACCAGGUCUAUUUUGAAUCACCUACCAACAGAGAUCUUUGAAUUUUGUGGCAGCAUGCCAAGUCAUGUGCAAAGGUUGGCUGUUUGAGCUCUGUCUAUGAAAAUACCUGAUUCGGUUGUAGCUUCCCUUGAAACUUCCAACGGACGAUUUCAGUUCGCUAAUGGACUCGAUUGGUUUUGCGA